AUGGCCAAAUGUGUAUUAGAAGGAGGUGGUAUAGUUAGGGGUUUUGAAAAUUGGGGAUCAAUGCCAUUAGUUUCCCGAACUAGGAAGCAUCAAGAAUAUCAUACUCAUGGACAUUUCUGGAUGAUGCAUUUUGAUACUAAUCCUUUAGUAUUGCAUGAAUUGAGAAAACAAUUGAAUCGUGAUCCUCGUGUAAUUCGUGGAAAUUUGGUAAAACUUGGAGAUAGAUUACAUGAAAUUAUAGAAAGACCAGAUAAAACAUUUUAA